AGAAAUGACUGAAUCAGUACUGGACAAUCCAAUUUUCGUUCGAUCCUGUAUUCUCUACGAAGCUCUUCACCGAAAGCCGAUCGACGAGAGCUACAAGAAUUUUUGCGAAAAACUAGGCGAUGACGUCAUGGACUAUGUGGAUUUCGAGUUUUGGUUCUAUCGAUUUUAUGGAGGAAAUCAUGAUUUGAAUGAUGAUCGAAUGUUGGAAUUCAAAAGUUUGUCAGACUUGCCCAUCGAAAUAUUUCAUAGGAUUUUAAAUGAACUGGAUUUUCGCGAUAGAAUGAUCCUUCAUAAAGUUUCCCAAACCCUGCGAUCAGUUGUCGGGGAUUUUGAAGUCAUAUGUCAUAAGGAAGUAAGUCUCAGACUGUGCAGAGAUUGGUCGAUUCUGAAUUUUUCUCAUCACAACGUCAAAUACCAACGAUGUGAUGGUGGUUGUAUGGUGAAGUAUGAAGAUGUCGACAAAGGUGUUCCGUUAGGAGAUCAGCUGGAAUUGGCACUGCAUGAUUUAUCAAAUUCGAUGAAGCAUCCGAAACUUCAACUCAACAGUUUCGCGAUCACAUUUUCAAGUGCCCUUGAGCAAGACGCCCGGAAGAAGGUGAUCGAGACUUUUCAUUCUUGGAAAUGGCCGAGAAUCAGAAACUUCACGUUUAACGGAAUUCACCAAUCGGAAAUUAAGACCACUUUAGGUUGCCUCAAUUCGGAAGCAAUCCAGACGAUUUCACUAGAUGUUUCUCGAGUUUCAGAAGAUUUUGUGAUGAAUACAGGUGUCUAUAGUUUGGAACAAUGGAAAAGGGCAAAAUCGAUUUCAAUUUGUGGUGACUGCAAACUUUCGAUUCCUUUUGCAAAUUUGGCUCAUUUGGCGGGAUUCGAGAUAUCACUAAAGUCCUUCACAAGAGAAUAUGCAGUGGAAAUUAAGAAUUAUCUCGACAACUUUCCAAACAAAAUACAAUCGGGAACUUUUCGAAGCAUCAUCACGGACCCCAUCGAAAUCGGGAAGGUCUUCAACCCAGAUUAUGCACUUGGCUCCGAAAACUCACUGGAUUACAAUACAUCAAAUUUCUGUUAUACUAUCCAAUGCGGUCCUUACAGUUUUCGAAUUUUGAGAAAAGCUGAUAAACAGUCGAUUCCUGUAGUUAUGUAAAUUGAAUAUUCUGUAAAUACUUGAACCGUAGUUUUAGUGAAUAAAUUAUUUGAUCUC